AUGCGCCUCCACACGUUCACGCUCGUCGUGUUCACUGCGGUUCUAGCACACAGCGCGAACCCUGCGAAGGCGUCCAACUCGACGACGACGGAAGGUGCUCCCUCAGCAAGUCUUCGUUCCUCUGACGCGUGCUGCGAUGACAUCCCUGUUGUGCAGGGGCCGGGUCCACACGAGACUACGGCGGGUGAAGCGAGGAUGCUAGAACCAUGGGUUGCAGCAAUCAGCAGCGUAGUUGCUCGUUUCGUGGAACAGGUGCAUAUGCAAUAUCCGGAGAAGCUCGCGGUCGAGAACUUUCCUGUGCACGUGUUGCGAGAAUUCGAUGAGAGUGCUAUCAGACACCUUUUUCGUUUAGAAUCGGCACACAUGACAACACAGCAGCUGGUGGAACACGCUCAAACUGUUGGUCGCUUGCCUCAAAACAAACCCGCAGAUGGACUCAGACUGAUCGCAGAGGCUCGCCAAGUAUUUCUUGCACAUGAGGCGAAAAUGGGAGCAAAGGUUCACCAAGAUUUUUUUGCACGUCAGGCGGAAAUGGGAGUGGAGACUCCCCAAUAUUUUCUUUCACUCCAGGCGGAAAUGGGAGUAGAGACUCCCCAACAUUUUCUUGCAGACCAGGCGCAAACAUUAGUAAAGGCUCACGGAAUGAUUCUCAAACACCAGGAGAUAAUGAUAGCAGAUACUCGCCAAGAUUUUCUUGCACACCUGGAGGAAAUGACGGCUGAGGCUCGCCGUUCUUUUCUUGGAAUCCAGGUGGAUUUGACAGCAGAGGCUCACAAAUAUGUUCGUGCACACGUGGCGAAAACGACGGCUCAGGCUCGCGAUUUUUUUCUUGCAAACCAGGCGGAAAUGACUGCAGAGACUCGCGAUUCUUUUCUUGCACACCAGGCGGAACUGACAGCUAAGGCUACCCAGUCUUUUCUUGCAAACCAGGCGAGAAUGACAGCAGAGGCUCACCAGUUUUUUCUUGCAAACCAGGCGGAAUUGACAGCUAAGGCUACCCAGUCUUUUCUUGCAAACCAGGCGAGAAUGACAGCUGAGGCGAUAAUGCGACAUGAGAUGGAUCCCAGUGCGUAUUUCGACAUCAAGCUCCAGGAAGCCGGGGUCAAUCCAGCUAAGCAAGGAAUGCCCGGUCGCGAGGGAAGUCAUGUUGCAUCCCUGGACCUUGGCAGUCUGGACAAGUACAUGAAGGAAUACGACGAGCUCCAUGGCAGCAACGAACUUACGUUGCUGAAAGUGAUGUCAAGGUGCAUUAGGGACGAUGCCAAACUUAAAUCUACCCUGUCGACACUGAAUCGCAACAGGAAUAACAAAAAAUAUGUGAGGCGUGUGGUACAGGAGAUGAGUGCGGACUGGAUGACACUUGAAGAGGCUGCUGUCAACUUCGGAAUCCCACUAGAAAAGACAGGAGUCUUAGACGCCGAAAACGUGGACCUGUUCAUCCUGUUCGUCGGUAUGCUCGCUCGAGAUCAUAAAGAUCAACAUUCAAUCAUCGCCAAGCAGCUCACGGAGAUGUUUGGGGUUCGCCAGGCUGCAUCACUGGUGCAAAGAAUGGAUUAUUGUUGGAGAUGUUAA